AAAGGCCUGGAUCGACCUUGCAAAAGUUUCUUUAACACAGACCAUCCUGUUUAACAGACGCAGAGAAGGAGAGGUGGCAAGCAUGCCUCUGUCGGCUUUUUUGUCAAGGGACACAUCGGAUCCCCAUGAGGACUUGGACUGGGCACUGUCUGAAGUAGAAAAAAAGCUCUGCAGACAUUUCUCCAGAAUUGUCACCAGAGGAAAGCGAGGCAGAGCAGUUCCAAUUCUCCUGACUCCAAAAAUGCUCCAUGCUUUGGAACUCCUCGUUCAGCAAAGAGAGGCCUGCGGGGUUCUUCAAGACAAUACUUACUUGUUUGCAAGACCUGCAGCUAUGUCACAUCUCCGUGGCUCAGACUGUAUACGUGGCUUUGCAAAGUCGUGUGGUGCAAAGUGUCCCAAGGCAUUGUCAUCAACCAAACUGCGAAAACAUGCUGCAACUCUGUCAACAGUGCUCAACAUGACUGACACAGAGAUGGACCAACUAGCGAACUUUCUUGGUCACGACAUCAGGAUCCACCGAGAGUUUUAUCGACUCCCUGACAAGACCCUGCAACUUGCAAAGAUCAGUAAAGUUCUACUGGCACUUGAGAAAGGAAGACUGGCUGAGUUCCAUGGAAAGAACUUGGAUGAAAUCACAAUUGAUCCAAAUGAAAACGUUAUGGGUAGUGAUGAGGAAGAUGCAUGCAGACAGGAUGGAAAUCGUUCAUUUGCUGUUGAUGAACCAUCAGCAGACGAAACUGUUGCAGGUACUGUGGGGAAUGAAAUCUCUUCAACAGGCAAGCAACACAAACAGCCAUCAGCAGAGCAUGGAGCAUCUUCUGAGUCAGUACUGUGGGACAUUCCCCAAAGGUGA